AUGGACAAAGCCGGCGUCACCGCCGCUGUUCGACCAGUGUCUCCAUCUGCUUCACCCAUUCCGGGUAUCAAGGCCUUGGCACGGUGCUCUCUUGGUGGCAGCUUCGAGAAGACUCGGACAUGUGGCGGCAGUGUCCAAGAUUCGACUUUGAACUUUGACAACGUUAUCGCACGCGCAGCCGUUUCGAAUUUGACAGCCGCUCAGGUCGCCCAGCGGCAACGGAGCAUGAUGUCGUCCCAGGUCCAGAGGGUCGAUGCAGCGUUCAAUGAGAGCACCCCAUCCACUUCAACAGGAGCCUCGGGCAGUGGUGCCGUAUCCUCAGCCUGGCUCUAUGGCGUCGGGACACAGUUCGCAGUGGACUCGAGUGGCCUUAGCGGCGAACAGCGCAUGGUCAAAUGUGGGAAGCAGGUCCACAAGCUUAAGGUCGGCUGA